UAAAUUCGUUACUGGGGUUGUUGUUGCCGAUGAUGACGGCAAUCAAUGCGAAGGUGUGUCGAAAAGAGAUUUUCAUCCAUUUUAUUGGGGGACUGUUGGCAAAAUAAGCUCAAAUUGUGUGGAAAACUUCAACUUGUUCAAAACUUGUACUCAGAUAAGCUAGUUUUGAAAAUUUAUUACAAUAAAGUAUACGAUACUAAAUCGAUUUUUUUAUAGUAAUAUAUUGCUAAGAUGAACCCACGACUUUUGCGACUAGCGAUCAACAAACAGUAUUCCACGAGCUGCAAGUAUUCCUUCAAAAUAUUUUUGAACAUACCUUGACCUGUUUUUAAAUGAAGUUGAAUGCGACUCCUUCUUCUGCCUAUUUCCGGAUUAAAAUUCUAGCUGGAACUUGGUUAAAGAUAUUCUUUGAGCACUUUCAUGGUUAUAAAAGUUCAAGAAACCAUCAUCCAAUCAUCAACAACACUGAACAUCAAUAAGAAGCAAAAAUAGCAUUUUUUCUGCUCAAAACUACAAAACCAUUGUGAAUGGGUUCACUGUUUUGAGAUAGUAAGUAGAAUACAAGUGCCUAGAUAGCCGAAGUGGUAAACGCUGCUGGUUCGAAUCCCGGUCAGUUCAGGAAUUUUACGUAAAGGAAAUUUCUUUAAAUUCCUUGGGCAUAGAAUAUCUUCGUGCCUUACACACGAUACAUACCUAGGGUAAGGGAGGUAUUUUGGACCCCUUUAGGAAGUGGAUGAACAAUUCAGCGAAAAAAGAAAGUUUCCCCUUCAAAAUAUGGAUAAUUUCAGUAGGCAUUACGUAGAGCAACAUGUUUUCUGUCGAAAAAGGCCAAACAGAACUCAAAAUUGUUGUAUUAAAUACAAUAAAUAUCAAAACUCCUGAAGGAUCUCGGGCUUGUAUUUUGGACCACCUGAUUUUAUUUUGGACCAUCAAGUGCACAUAUUUUGGCCCACCAAACUAAACUUCAAUUGAUUGAUGAAAUGAAAGCCACCUCAGCAAAAAUUUAAACAUAGUUAAAACUACGUGAAGUUUACAUCUUUUCUAUUCAUUUUUUAGGCAGGGAACGUUUAAAAAUUACGUAACGGUAAAAAAAGAUGAAAUGUUGUUGCAAUUGCCAGUUUUUACGCUUUGUAGUAUGAUGUUUCAUAAAAAAAUGUUACGCAAAACGUGUAUUUAUUAACUAUUGCAUGACGUCAGUCACCAUGCAUAAAUUACGUAACGCUUUCUAGAAGUGUGAAAGUUUAGUGAUUUUGUUAAAUAUAAAGGCGUUCCACACAUAUUGUAAUGAGUGGAAAGGCCAUCAAAAAUAAAGUAAAUUGAAUGAAACGUAAAUUGUCAAACAUACAUUAGAUAACACAUUGUCUCAGUCAUCAACUGAUUGCCGAGAAGGACAACUUUUCUAAACUAGGUGACUGAACACCUGAAAACUUCAACUUGUUGAAACGUUGUUAAAACACAAAUCAAAUCAAAAUUUUUAACUUGGCGAAAAGUUGUUAGAACAAACCGAACCCACAACAAUCUCAUUGUAAAAUAAACGUUUAACAACCCAGAUCAUGGGAGGUCCCAACUUAUUCUAUUUAUCUGUUUUUAGAGUACAUUAAAUACAUUGGCAUGAAUAUUUUCUCCCUUAAGAAGGAACUGGAGAGAUGGAUCUGACAGGUGGUCCAAAAUAUGUUCACAUCUGAUUAUGUUGAACAUAUUUUGGCCAUAGCUCAAACCUCCAUUUUAGUAAAUAUUAUCGCUCCACCGAGGUUAAGAACAGUUUAUUUUGAGUUCUUACAAUGCCCUAACUACAUUCACAUGAAAUAAAUAUUUAUUUGUUAAAUUUAAUACCUCUUCGAAGCCGACUACAAAUUUGUCACCUUCUUUGUUUUUGGUGCUUUUCCGUGCGUUUCAUUGGAAGUGAAAACAUUUUCUCUAUUUUUAAUACUGAACAGCAUAUUUAACUGACAUCCAAAAUAAAGGCCAUCACAUAGUUGAAUACAUUUCGUGUUCCAAUUAAAAAUUACCAAGAUUUAGUAGAGAUUAUGUGAUAAAUAUCAUAAAACUCCCUAGGUGGGCCAAAAUACCUGCCCGGUCCAAAAUACCUCCACUACCCUACUAUAUGAAAAAUGGCCUUUGGCAGAGGAAGAACUCAGUUACUAACUGUGGAAGUGCUUAUAGAACACUAAGGAGAAAAGCAGUUUUUAAGACUGUGCUUAUCACUGUGCGUUAGGUCAGUGCUUUUAAUCAACAAACAGAAGAAGCAUUUAUUAUAUUAAACACAGACUUUGUGUCUUAGGCAUAGUUGUUACACAGCUAGUUUCGUUUUUACUGAAAUCUCAACUGCUGAGCACUCGGUAAUGAAUUUUUACCAAGAUGCUGAAAAAUUUAAUCGAAUUUCUUUAUUCGAUUUCAACAUCAUUUUUUAUCACCGAAUUUCUUUAUUCGACUCCAACGAAGUUCGGUAAAAGUGACUAACUUAACCGAUUUUUUUCUGGUGAAGCCUGCACACUUGGAAGAAAUCACUUACUUCUGUAAUAUUUUAUCGAAAUCUCAACCGUUAAAUACUUUCACCGGAAAAAAAUCGGUUAAGUUAGUCUUUUUUUGCCGAGCUUCGUUAGAGUCGAAUAAGCGAUAAAGAAAUUCGGUGAAGUUUUACAGAAUUUCGUUAAAAAUCCAUUACCAAACGCUCAGCAGUUGAAUUUACGGUAAAAAUACCGAAAGAGACUAGUUGUUUAGAUUUGAUUGAACAUUUGAGAAGAGGUUCCCUCACUAGGUGGCGCUAGUUACAAAUUUCAAAUAGCUUACAUAAACAUGAUUAGAAUUUCUCAAAAUAUAUUCAGCAAGCUGCCACUUUAUUCUUUUUGGAGAUAUUUCAGUUGAGUUCAUGGCAAUUAAAAACUAACAUUUAUAUAUAGAUAUAUAAUGAAUAUCUGUCUAUCUGACCAUUAAGCCCAUCAGGACUUCCUGGCUUGCUGGAGAAAUACUAAGAAAAAUUUAUUGAAGAAAUAUCUCGAUGAGCCCAUAAAGGAAUACCUUAAGAAAUCCUUGGAAGAAUCUUUAAAGGUAUUCCUAGAGGAAUUCUUGGAGGAGUCCCUGAAUGAAUCGCAGGAGCAUAUAUUUCGGAUAAAGCAAAAACAGCUUAGAAUGAUGCAGGGUAUUGGUUCCCUUAUUAAGCAUGUGGCUCUUAUUUUCAUCUUACCCAAAACAAAGGAUUGAAGUGCUGUUUGUUUUGUUUCUUAUUUUUGUAUUUUUUGUUAGAAGGAAGUACCCAUGAAAACAAAUAGAACGGAAUCAAUCGGUGCCGUAAUCGCUUGUUUUCGUAUAGGAUGAAUAUGGGAGCAUGAGAUUAAUGAUGGCACACAUAUCCUAUCUUAAAAAAUGUCGCUUAACGGUAUUUGUUUUCUUUAAAAAAAAUGGAUUUCAGAAUCACCGAAACCCAAAAAUCUCAAUUUUUUACUGUAAGUUUAUCAACUAGUUGUGUAUCAGUGGUCCAAAUUUGGAAAGUUCGGGCUAUUCUACCCGAAUAACAAAUUGUCAGCUGUUAUAUCUCCGGAUUAAACGAACCGAAUACAAUGGAAUUUUGAGCGUUUAUAACCUAUUUGAUGAGCUAAUGAGCUAUGUAAAACUUCAAAUUCUCAACACAGAAGAAAAUUAUAACGAUUAGAUUAGUUUUGUAAUAUUAUACCAAACUAUCCAAAACAUUAACCUCGUUUCAAAAUUCUAGGUGUUAAUUAUGGUUCAUUUAUAUUCCCUCUACGAAUAUAAAUAUGUUUUAAGGCAAAGCAAUAAAAUGGCUGGCAAUAAAAAGUAUUGGGAUGCAUAUUAAAAAAUAGACCAAUUAACUAAAAAACCAUAAAUCGCUUUUUAACUUUUUUUUUCUUGUAAUACUCUGGCCACACUGUACUGGUCUAAAGACGUUUCUGAAUGAGCGAGUGUGUGAGUGUGAGAGUUACCGUUAAACGAAUAUGCGAUUUUAGAGUGAGUGGAACAGUGUGAUUGCGGGGAAAGGUUCUAGAAGGAUGAAGAGAAAAAUCUCAAACAGUUUGUAUAGAGCUGCCGGCGAAUAAAGGUGAAAAACUUAUUAAAAUCGCGUUAAGUUAUUCCGAAUUUCGAAAGGAGCAUCUGUGGCGGUUAUAUCUUCAGAAGUGGGAUUGCCUUUGCCGUUGCCAGAAGAAGCCGAAAUCAAAAUCGCUCGAAAUAAUAUGGAUGCACAGCGGUUGAGCAAAGCCGAACUUAUUGCGUGGCUCCAGGAUCGCCAUAUUGAGUUUCCGCCUUCUGUUACGGUUCGGCACUUGCGAAUCCUGUUCGAACAAGAGAUGCUGAGACAACAAAGGCACAAUGCGGCUGCGAACGAUCCACAAGAUGGCGGCGAUCAAGAUGACGAGGACGAAGCGGAGAACGAGGAAGAACGGGAGCUGAAUGCUGAGAUUCGGAUCCUACAGAAGCGGAAAUUUGUUGCCGACCUCCGGCGUGAAAUAGCAGCGAUUGAAGCCCAGUUGAACGUAGUGAAUGCAGCCCCAAUCAAGCCACCAGACUUCCGCGACAUCAAGUAUUCCGUUCCGUGUUUCCGAGGUGGCGAAUCGUACGAUGCUGAGAAGUGGAUUGAUGACUUCGAGCAGGCGUGCGAUUCCGUUCAUGGUGAUGACGAUUUCCGACUGAUGUGCGUCCGGCGAUUGAUGGAACCCGGAUACGAAGGCGAAUUGUUCCUCAGAGUCGACCGAUCGAAAACGUAUCAGGAAUUCAAGGACAGCUUUCUGGAAAACUUCAGCCACGUUCAUUCCGUAUCGGAAGUUAUCGACACGAUGAAGAAGACGACAUUCAGCGCUGCAAAGACAACCGUAAUGGGAUACAUUUUGAAAAUGCAGGAAAUUGCAUCUCGAGCGAACAUCGAUGAGAAACAGACGGUGCAACUUAUUGUUGACGGCUUUCGUGAUCGAUCUGCGAACAUUGCAGUGCUCUACCCGGCGACAACCAUCGCACAACUGAAGCAACUGGCUCAUCGAUAUUCGCAGUUGAGGGACAUGUAUUCCGCUCCAUCUUCCACGCAGAUCAGAGUGAAAACCACCGCUAAAACCGCAUCAAAAUCUUCGACCUCGGAUGUUCGCUGUUUCAACUGCUCCGGCGUAGGACAUUUUUCAUCUGCUUGCCCAGAGCCGAAACGGGAGAUUGGAUCCUGUUUCCGAUGCGGUUCAACCCAGCACAAGCUGAAGGAGUGUCCAAAACCGGCUCCUGCUCAUCGUCAACAGAUUGCUUUGGUGGACGACUUCCGUCGCGGAUCCGCACGAAUGGAUGACGAAUUGUCGGAUGCAAGCGGUGGAUCUAUUCCAGAGGUUAACAAGUCCGAUUAAUUUAAUACAGAGAUCGGCAGUCCCAAUUCACUCUAUUCCUACAGAGAAAAAACGUUCCGGUUACAAAGGUGUAGGAGGAUUCCCAUUAUGCACAUACGGAGUAAUCCCUGUCAGCAUAACCUUUCGCAAUCGGACCAAAACUAUUAAAAUGUACGCUGUACCAGACCACUUCAUUUGCCAUCCUAUGCUAUUGGGUCGAGAUUUUCUUAAAAACUUUGGAAUUACGUUGUAUGAUCAUUCAUUUGCCAAUAAUUUUGUCAAACCAAAAGUUGAAUUACAUGACAAAAAUGAAUUGAACAUUUCCGGUGAAGCGUUGCAUUGCAUGUACAAUCUCUUUGAAGAAAAUUCCGAAGUUUAUUCCGAUUCCGAGACUUCCCUACGGUGUUCUAAGUGUCGACAUCUUUUUGCUACGUGUGAGUCUGUAACAAACGAUGUUCCCGUUCCUGACGUUUUCUCUAUUGACAUGACCGACAAUUCUCCUGGAUCAUUUAACAUAAACAGUGAAUUGAGUUCGGACAUCAGGGAAAAGUUCAUAAAAGUUAUUGAGCAGGAUUAUUUAGACAGUUCUAACAUCCCAACUCGGAAGCAUGAAUACGAGAUGAACUUAAAACUGACAUCAGACAUUCCGAUAAGUUUCGCUCCGCGACGAUUGUCAUAUUCCGACAGGAAGGAGGUGGACAACAUUGUAGAUACACUGCUCGCCGAAGGUAUUAUCCGUCCUAGUAAUUCUCCGUACUCUUUUCCUAUUGUACUACGAACAAAAAAGUCUGGUGAGAAACGAUUGUGCGUCGACUACCGAGCCUUGAAUAAAAUUACUGUACGGGACAGUUACCCCAUUCCGUUGAUUGAUGAUUGCUUGGAGCGUCUCGAGGGCAAACAGUAUUUUACUGUGCUGGAUUUGAGGAACGGAUUCCACCAAGUGAAUAUGGCUGCUGACUCCAUUCCAUACACUUCCUUUGUUACUCCAGGCGGUCAGUACGAAUACCAGAAAAUGCCUUUUGGUCUACGGAAUGCCCCUGCGGUAUUCCAGCGUUUCAUCAAUCGUGUUCUUGAACCAUUCAUCAAGGAAGGGUCGGUAGUGGUGUAUUUGGACGAUGUAACUUUGGCUAGUUACACAAUUGAAGAACAUCUGGAUUUACUACGACGUGUUUUGAGGAGGCUGGCCGAGUUCCGGUUGGAAAUUAAGUUUAAGAAGUGUUUAUUUGGUUACACCACGAUAGAUCUAUUGGGAUUUACUGUCAGUGGAAAAGGAAUUCGUCCAAACGGGUCACACUUGGAGGCAAUCAGAUCAAUGGCGCUUCCGAAGGACGCAAAACAGUUAUCGAAAGCUCUUGGUCUGUUCUCGUAUUUUCGUCGGUUUGUCCCUUUCUUCUCGGCUAUCUCCAAACCGUUGAGAGCAUUAACAAGGCCCGAGGCGAAAUUCGAUUUUGAUGAUGAUUGUGUCAAAGCUUUCAAUACGUUACGAAACAGCUUGAUAUCCUCCCCUGUGUUGUCGUUGUAUAGUCCUGAUAGAGAAACGGAGUUGCAUUGCGACGCCAGCGUUGACGGGUUCGGUGGCAUACUGCUGCAAAAGCAGGAUGACGGGAGAUUUCAUCCUGUUGCUUAUUUUUCUCAACGAACAAGUCCUGCGGAGUCUCGUUACCACAGUUUUGAACUGGAAACUUUGGCCAUCAUUUACUCACUCCGCAAGUUCCGGAUCUAUUUGGAGGGAAUUCAGUUUCGAAUCGUGACGGAUUGUAAUUCUGUAACGAUGACAUUGAAUCGAGCCAAUGUAAACCGAAGGGUAGCUCGUUGGGUGAUGGAGUUGGAAAAUUAUCAUUAUACAAUUCAACACAGGAGUGGUAAGUUGAUGAGCCACGUUGAUGCCUUAAGUCGUCUUCCUUCCGUUUCUGUUCAUUCGGCUGAGGAUUCCGGUCAAGUUGUUUCUGUUAUUGAUCCCGAGGACAUAAUGUUUCAGCUUCAAAUAACACAGAA